AUGUUGAGAGGACGAAGAGAUAAUGACUCAUCGAGUGAGCCAUCUGUACCACGCAGACGUCGGCGUGUAAUACCAUUGCCUUCUUCAGAUAGUGACAGUUCAUCCGAUAGUUCACUAAGGAAUAUUGAAACUAGUGCUCCAAAAGAGUGGUUUGUUCCGCGAGGCAACCAACCAAACAUUGGAUCUUUCACAAGUCCCCAUGGUGCCAAACUCUCUAACAAAAAAGUGCAAAAUUGUAGAAAAGUGGAAGAUUUUUAUGGCCUUUGUGUCACGGAUAAAAUAUUUAAACAUAUAAGCGAACAAACUAAUAUUUAUGCCUCACAAAAAAGAAUCGCUUCCAAACGUGUCGAAAAAUGGGUUCCAACAGAUUAGGACGAGAUAAAGCGGUUUUUUGGACUGAUUUUGUGGAUGGGAUUGGUAAAACUCCCAUCUUUGAAUUUGUAUUGGUUCCAGGAUCCAUUGUUUAUUCAAACAUUCCCGCGGAAAAUAAUGAGUAAAGACCGAUUUCAAAUUCUGUUGAGAAUGUUGCAUUUUGCUGAUAAUGAAAAAGUGGAUGCUUUCAACCGUCUCUCAAAGGUCGAAUUUGUGAUAAACGAAUUAAAUACAAAUUUAAAAAAAUAUUAUGAUUGUCCAUUCCGUGGACGGAUCAUAUUUAGACAGUACAUGAAACAAAAGAGACACAAAUAUGGGAUAAAAAUAUUUAAAUUGUGCUGCGAUAAUAAUUACACUUAUAACUUUCGCAUUUACACCGGUAAAUCAUUGGAAAAGGAAAAUACAAUACCCACAAAUGAAAAUACAACACCCACAAAUGUUGUCAUGAAUUUAUGUGAAAAUGUGUUUGAUAAAGGCCAUAUUUUAUACACGGACAAUUAUUACACGAGUGUGAAUUUGGCGAACAAACUCAUAUCAGAAAAUACGUAUUUCGUUGGUACUCUUCGACCAAAUCGCAAAGACAAUCCAAAUGAAGUUGUAACUGCCAAACUGCGACGCGGAGAAGUCAUUGCUCAAGAAAACAGUAAAGGAAUUACGAUCAUGAAAUGGAAAGACAAGAGGGAUGUUUUAGUUCUUUCGACCAAGCAUUCUGACGAAAUGGAAAACGUAACAACAAAAACAGGGGUUUGCUGUAAAUCAAAAAUUAUUAUUGAUUAUAAUAAGGGAAAAACGGCGAUUGAUCUGUCUGAUCAAAUGGGUGCUUACAGCAGUCCACUUAGAAGAUCACUAAAAUGGUACAGAAAACUAGUAUUCGACCUUCUUUUGAAUACUGCCGUUGUGAAUGCAUUACAUAUGUUCCAAAAUGUAACAGGAAGAAAAAUGUCAGUUACAACAUUCCGAAAACAAUUGGUAGAUGUUCUCACACGACAUUCACACGAGGAAACUCCAAUUAGGGCCGAUACAAGUAGACGUAUUCACAAAUGUCAAAAGAAAGAAGGAAAGGCGCAUAAAGUUCGAAAAUACUGUGCUGAAUGUUACAGCACAAACACAAAAAUGUUCGGACGCCAGUUAGCGAGGAAAAUCACAAAGCAAGUUGUUACAUACUGUAAUGUGUGCAAAUCACAGCUACAUCUUUGCUUAAAAUGUUUUAAUAAACUUCACUAA